AUGAUCGCAGCCACAUCCUACCACCAACCCUCACAAGACGCCCGUGUUCUCCCAGUCACCCCAUCGCUAGAGAAGCUAGAUUUGAGUCCUUGGCUGUCGCCAACUCGAUCUAUGCAGGAGACCAACCUAACAGCAUCUGGACAGAACUACGACGCCGAUGACUAUCUUGAAACGAGUCUGCACAUCGAAUUGACGAUUCAGGACCUCGUCAAGCUCAACACGGGUUUGAUCAGAUGCGGAGGACUGGCAACGUUUAACUACCCUUCGCCUUACCGAGAGCAGCUCGAAACACUCACGACUCAGUCUGCGUCCACACCAGAACACUAA